AUGUCGUCUAAACCCACAGCAACCAAGAAAUCGACAAGCUCUUCCGCGCUCCCGUCUCUGCACAGCUUCCCGUCAACGUGGACGGCACCGACAUCAUGCUUUGCAAGCACCAACUACUACCGAGUGCUCUACGCCGAGUCAGGUGUGGGCUACGUCAGCAACAUGUAUGGCACGCCGACGCCUGUUUUCACCGGCAAUACGCCAUCGGGCGACUGCUUCCCGCCCUCGUUCACAAUCAACUUGCCGUAUCUCACGGAUGGUAGCGCCUGUCCCACCGGCUACACCCGGGCCUGCGCAACGGCUGGGUCCGUAACGUCAGGCGGUUCCGCGGACGUGAGCACGAUAACAUGCUGUCCCAGUGUGACCGGCGACGCAUUUUCCUUCAUGUGCAAGGACAAUCAGUACGGUUGCCACGCCACUGCUGCCUCUGGCGGCAUCGUUUGGACGGGUGUCGUCACAAACCUAGGCGUCACACCAGCCACGGAGUCGCCAGUGACGCGUACACCCUCUACCUUGGAAGGUAUCGAGGCGUGGGGCAUCAAGUUUCUCUCGGUUGCACCUGGAUCGACUGCCACCAGCAUUCCAACCCCGGGUCACAACGCGAGCGACACUGACAACCAGGGAACGCCCUCUGCGGACAAUUCGUCGAACCACGGUGGUCUAUCUGGAGGCGCUAUUGCUGGUAUUGUUGUCGGAAGUAUCGCUGGUGUUGCGCUCCUAGCAGUUGGCGCGUUCCUCCUGUACCGCAGAAAGAAGUCGAGCCCAGGCCCCCAAUACCAUGCGCCCGCGCCCGGUAAAUAUCCCAACCAACCGGCCAACGAUCCGAUGUACCAGCCGAGCUCGGUGGGGUCUCCCUUCUCCGGACAGGGACAGAUGGCCUCGAGCUACCAGCCUAGCGAGAUGGAGGCGGCGUCGCCCAACCCGGCACACGCGCAGCCACGAGCUCCAGUCCAGCAGGCGCCUGUUGAGCUUGGAGCGUAG